AUGUGGGCGACGUGGACGAUUUUGUUUCAGUAUCGGCGCUCCGAUCACCAGCAAGUUCUGCUCCAGAACGUGAGCCUGUACACCAGCGGGAAAUACAAGUGCGAGGUGAUCACAGAGGCUCCUAGCUUCAACGCGGUCAACGCGGAGGCCAAGAUGGAGAUCGUAGUUCUACCCCAAGAGGGACCGUUGAUAACGGGCGAGGAGAAGAUUUACGCGAGCGGCGACAUCCUCGGGUUGAACUGCACCAGCGGCAAGUCUCAUCCCGCCUCCACGUUCAAAUGGUUCAUCAAUGGGAAGCAGGUGACGCCCGACACGGAAAUGGUGUUCGAGCAGCACGGACUCUACUCGGCGAUAUCCAGUUUACGGCUACAGUUGGAACCGAAUCACUUCGCUGGCGACAAAAUAAACGUCAGAUGCGAGGCGACCGUGGAAUUGGAUUCAAACUCGGACGCGCUGCACCUCGACACUCGCACAACGGAAGUUUUCGUCGCAGGACACGCGACCAGGUUCGCGUCUGCCGUCCGCUUGGCGGUGGCUAGCGCGCUACUCGUCGCGCUACUGGUCUAGGAGUAGUGGGAUCGACGACAAGCGCGGCCGGCCGCGCUUCCCUCCUCCGCGCACCAGGAGCCAAGGAGGAGGCCGUCGUCGGGAGGAGAGAGGGCGAAGCGUGGAUGAGAGCGGAGAAGAAGAA